GCUGAAUGAGCAAAGUUUGCCGCGAAAUUCCGCGAAAAUGUUGAAAGUGCGCAGUGGAAUAUCUCUGAUUCGUUCGCAACCAGCGACCCUCACGCUGGCCACUCAAACGCGAUGGCAAACAAAUGCAGCUGUAGCUGAGCCUAGAGAGGAUUCCGAGUGGCAGAAUGCCAAGCCCUUUAAGGAUAUACCUCGCGUCAAUAUGGUCGCUUUGAUAGCGAAAAUGUCGCUCCCCGGUGGAAAGUACAAGAACAUGGAUUUCCUGCAAAUGUUCGAGGCUAUGCGUAAGGACUAUGGAAACCUAUACUUUAUGCCAGGCGUUAUGGGCAAUCCGUCGUUCCUCUCCACCCACAACCCGAAGGACUUUGAGACGGUCUUCCGGAAUGAAGGCGUCUGGCCCCAUCGUCCUGGCAACGAGUCACUUCUGUAUCAUCGGGAGGAAGUCAGGAAGGAUUUCUACCAGGGUGUCAUGGGUGUCCUUCCCACACACGGCAAAGCCUGGGGGGACUUUCGAUCUAUCGUUAACCCCGUCCUAAUGCAACCCAAGAAUGUGAGGCUGUACUACAAAAAGAUGUCUCAGGUCAACAGGGAGUUCGUGCAACGUAUCAAAGAACUCAGAGAUCCUGAAACCUUGGAGGCUCCAGACGAUUUCAUAGACACCAUUAACCGUUGGACCUUGGAGUCUGUUUCUGUGGUGGCGUUGGACAAGCAGCUGGGAUUGCUCAAGAACUCUGGAAGCGAAAAUAACAGCCAAGCUGUCAAGCUCUUCGAGUAUCUGGAUGACUUUUUCGUCUACGCCGCAGAUCUGGAGAUGAAGCCCACUCCAUGGAGGUACUUUACCACUCCCACUCUGAAGAAAGUAUUGAAUGCCCUGGAUGGUAUCCAGGAUAUUACGUUGGCCUAUGUAGGGGAGGCUAUCCUUCGAUUGGAGCAGGAGGCUAAUGAGGGAAUCGUGCGACCGGAGAGCGAGCAGAGUGUUCUCGAAAAACUUUUGAAGAAGGACAAGAAGGUGGCCACUGUUAUGGCUAUGGAUAUGCUCAUGGCUGGUGUGGAUACGACUUCGAGUACGUUUACAGCCCUGAUGUUGUGUCUGGCAAAGAAUCCGGAAAAGCAGGAAAAGCUACGCGAGGAAAUAAUGAAGAUUCUGCCCGAAAAGGACUCCGAGUUUACCGAGGCUUCUAUGAAGAACAUGCCCUACCUGCGAGCCUGCAUCAAGGAAUCCCAGCGUGUUAGUCCCCUGAUUGUGGGAAAUGCCCGUGUCCUUGAAAAAGAUGCCGUUCUCAGUGGCUAUCAAGUUCCAGCCGGAACGUAUGUAACUAUUUCCCCGAUCAGCUCCCUCUCCAGCGACGAGUACUUCCCCCAGGCUUCCGAGUUCCUGCCCGAGCGCUGGCUGCGAAGUUCUGCGAUGGAUUCGGAGUCCAAGUGCCCAGCCAAUGACCUGAAGUCGAAAAAUCCCUUUGUAUUCCUGCCCUUCGGCUUUGGCCCAAGGAUGUGCGUCGGCAGACGUAUUGUGGACAUGGAACUGGAGUUGGGAACGGCUCGCCUCAUCCGCAACUUCCAGAUAGAGUUCAAUUAUUCCACCGAGAACGCCUUCCGUCCGGCACUGAUUAACUUGCCCAACAUACCGCUUAAAUUUAAGUUCACCGACUUGCCCAAGUAAACUAUUUUCCGAUGGGUGUGAUUUGUAAAUAAAUGUUCGUGUUACAGCAA